AUGCACAAGUGUGAAGAAUGCGGGAAGGCCUUCAAGAUCCAAAAGCAGCUGAUAAACCACCUCCGCCUCCACGAGGAGCACCGAGCUAAAGGCCUGGUUCGGACCGGACCCAACGGUUCCCGCUUCCAGCAGCCUGGCCCGUCUCAAAUGCAGACUAUAAGGGGAGAGUCCUCAAAGAGCCAGGUAAUGGGAGUCAAAUACAGUCAUCAAGGGUUCAAAAAGCCCUACUCUUCAGCUGGAACUUCCAGGCCCCAGAAGUUUGACCCAGCUGAAAGUGGAAGGCGGCCUUUUGCCUGUGAAGAAUGUGGGAAGACAUAUCGACAUGCAGGCAGUCUGGCCAAUCACAAGAACCUUCACAAAAUUGGGGAGUACCACUGCAAUGUUUGCAACUCUACAUACCCCAAUAGGCUGGCAAUGAAAAACCACCUACGUCUCCACUUUGCCCAGAAAAAGCACAACUGCCAAGAAUGUGGCAAGGGCUUCCGCACCCAGAGGCAGCUAGCUACCCACACUACAGCUGGCUUGUGCAAAGGCCCACAGGGGCCUGGGGCCCAGAUGGAUUUUGAGUGUGAUGGGUGCUGUGAAGGCUUUGCCACAGCUGAUGAGCUUGCAGCCCAUGACUGCCCAGCCCAGCAUCUGCCUUCCUCAUCCUCCACUAACAGCUCCACAAACAUCAGCAUGGAGAGAAGCUCUGUGGACCUGGACUCUGACGAGAGACCCUAUGCCUGUGACCUGUGCAGCUGCGCCUACAAACAUGCAAGCUCCUUACUGAAUCACAAACACACCCACAAGACAGGCAACUUUCGGUGCAACUUUUGUGACAAGCCCUACACCAACUAUAUGGCACUACGCAACCACAUGCGUAUCCACACACAGCGAAAGAAGCACAUCUGCCACACAUGUGGGAAAGCCUUCCGAUUGGCCAGGUUCCUCCGCAACCACCAGAAGGUCCACGAGGAGGGUGCUACCCCCUUUGGCUGCCCCACCUGUGGGAAGAGUUUCCAGGGUCGAUCCGGUCUGGCCAGGCACCGCUGCGGGGACAACCAGGUAGGCAUGGAAGUCAGGAGGAAGGCCACUGCACCCACGGGAGAGGGCGAAGAGUGUCGGUACACAUGUGAUCAAUGUGGCCGCUCCUACCGCCAUGCCAGCUCUCUUCUCAACCACAAGAACACCCACACUGUUGGCAUCUACCACUGUGCUGUGUGCCUCAAGACCUACUCCAACCUGCUUGCCCUGAAGAACCAUCGCCGUAUACACUCUGAGACACGGCGCCACCGUUGCCAUGACUGUGGCAAGGCAUUUCGUGUUUCCUCCCAGCUCUACAACCAUCGACGGGUCCACCAGAAGCAGCGGGAGCUGACGUGCCGGUCCUGCCAAAGAGCCUUUCCCACGCAAGCCAGCUUCAGGCUCCACAUGGAGAUUACCCAUGGCCAGGCACCACAACCCCGCCAGCCCAGAUCCCAGCAGCCUCGACCGGGGGGCUCCCAGGACCUGGGCUGGGGGUCAGGCCUGGACCUCACUUUAAUGCAAGAGCAAGGACUCGACCCGAAUAGCAUGGCCACAGCCCGCAGCCGUGGGGGCAACAGUGAGGUCAUCAAGUCCCACGUGUGUGACCAGUGUGGCCGGUCUUACCGACAUGCCAGCUCCCUGCUCAACCACAAGAACAGCCACAAGACAGGGACCUACUUCUGCAGCUCCUGCCAGAAGGAGUUCCCCAACCUCAUGUCUCUCAAGAACCACAGACGGAUCCACACUGAGCCCAAACGCUACCAGUGCCCUGACUGUGGCAAGUCCUUCCGUGUCUCCACCCAACUCAUCUGUCAUCGCCGCAUCCACACCAAGGAGAAGCCGUUCUCCUGCCCUCAGUGUGACAAGCGCUUCUCUUCCAAGUCCAACCUGAGGCACCACAUGAAGGUGCACUGGAGCACCUCAGCGGCGCCCCCUCCCAUUGCAAUGGGUGCGCCCAACUUCCUGGGUAUGCCCGGCGGCCCCUUCAUAUGAGUUAAGGGAUAUGGGGAGCCAGUCACAUGCCAUGGUUUCUGGAGGUGCCAAAUGUAGUUCUUCCUCCGGCUCACCCUCUUCUCCCUCAUUUUCCACGUGUGGCUGUAGUGUGUGUGAAGGACAUGGUGCUUAGACUCAGUCCAGGUCCUACAUGACAGAACAUACACUGACAGCAGGAGGAAGAACACAGAAUGGGCACUGCACACACAGAAGACUGAAAAUGGAUGACAUGCGCACACACAUGGCUGCUCACGUACCACCUCCACCUUUCUUAACCUCUCCUAAGCUGAGGCAUCCUUCAUGGACAUUCCUACAUGGCUCUGGUUGUAGAACUGUCCAACUGUCCUACACAGACUAACAGGCAGACAUGGACUGUAGACAGACAGUUUUUAAGCACUGCAUGGACAUCACUACACCUGCCUUACUCCCUACUGCAUGUUGCCCUACAAAGCUGAGGUUCUCAAAACUUUCUCACUCUGGAAAUGUGGAGACAUUUGGUGGCAGGGCCUCACACAGCUGCAGAGACUGCAUUAAAGACCAGCUCAUGGAGACUGAUGAGUCCUGAGGUAGUGACUUUAUAACAGACUGACUGUCAGGGUAAAGAUGCUGUGAGGGUCCACAUAAAGGCGUGAGGAAAUCUUUUGCUUCUUUUCCAGCCAUCCUGUCCAUUUCAAUCCCAGGAGCAGAUUGGUCCAGUGUUUCCAGUUGUUUGCUCUGUUUUCCACCCUGUCCUGUUUCUGCUGAUGUAGGGAGUUGCGUCUUGUUGAAAUCUUCUCUCGUGGCCUUUGUCACAGGGUUUUUAAACUAUAUUCUGACUGAGUCAGUCUAAACAGUCCAAACAGUUUUAUUUAAGUGACCAACAUAUAGGUGCAGUGGAUGUGCUGGUAAAGACAUGGGUUUGUUUGGUUUUAUUUUUUCCCCUUUAUUUUACCUUAAUGGUUUGACAGAGGAUAGCAAUGAUUCCUGGGAACUUUUACAACUGAAGACAGGUUAAAUGUCUGUGUUUUUGUGUGUGUGUCUUGCAGCAGCAAGAUGAACUUCAUAUUGUUGUAGCUUCCCAGUCAGACCAGUUCCUGACACCUCGUUCACACAUACAGAUUUAACAGGGUUAACCAGGGUAACUUGGAUAUCCAGCUGUGACUGAGCAGUUGUUUUCCGAUAUUGUCAGUACACUGGUGUAAAACACAGUAUCUCAUUUCCCGAGCGGUGUUUCCAAGACGUAAUCGUUUUGGUUGCACGUGGACUCUGUUUCUUUGCAUAGAGUUAAGUCUAAUUUGGAAAACCUUGUGAUUUAACAUCUCAUGGUUCAGUGGCAAUUAGGCUCAUAUUAAAGACUGCUGACUGUUCUUUUUUGCUGAUAUUAUUAAAUGGCUAAAUUUACAGGAAUUAAAUUGUUAUAGAAAAUAAAAUCUAAAUCUUCUCCAUGCUGUACAGUUAUACGAGAUGUUUGGAUUGGUAGUAGUGAUCACUGUUAAGCAGCACAAGUGACUGCUGCUGAAUUGAAGGUGGUUGUGUAUUAGCAGUCUCAUUGAUUUGCCAGGACAAUAAGAAAAGUUAAUGACAGCAAAGUGUUUGAAGAAUGAGCAACUUUGCUGCUGGCUUGCUAGCUCCUGCAGUUUACAAUCACAACCUAAUUCACAUAAGUCAUUUAGCAGUUGUGGACAAACCUGGCUUGACCACAUCAUUUGUCAAAUCCAGACAGCUCACUAAAGUCACCGACGAUCAGCUUUUCAUCCAUUCUGUUAGAAGUCCUUUAAUGCAGCUGCAUGAAAUAGAAAACAAUGGUUUCUGUUUCACUGGGGUAUCAAUUGCAGUUAGUUGUUACUUCACCAGAAGGCAUUUAUAUGAAUUUAAAACUCCCCUGUGUGACGUGGGAGUAUUUUAGUCUGACAUGGGACGACGCCAGCUUUUUUCAGUGACCAGUAUUCUGACUC